AUGGACCAUGCUCCUGAUGAGCAGCCAUUCGAGGCUCCUGUUGCUCCUGUUGCUCCUGUUGCUCCUAUCGAUCAGCCCCCUGUUGUACCCGCUGAUCUAGAUCCAGCCCCAGCUGACCCUGUCCCAUUGCCCGAUCAUGACCCCAUCUUUGCUGAGAUACCUGAUAUUGCACCGAUAUUACCUGAUCCAGUUCUUAUGUUUGAUGACCAUGCUCCGUUUGCCACCCACAUUGAUCCGAGAUACGCUGACACCCACAAUGGGUGGGUCGAUGACGAUGAUUAUCCCCCAUAUAUAUACCACAGAGGACAUACUUAUAUCCCUGCAGUUGCAGCAGGAUGCUUUGAGUCGUCGAGUCUGGAGCUGGAGAGGACUCCACGUCCUCCCCCAUGUCAUUGUCAGACUCCUUUUGCCACACCACCAGCUCCUCUUCCACUACCCCCUGAUUCUGAUGUUCGCUUCCUCACUCCUGAGCAACAGAUUGCCUACUUGCUGCGCGUUAUCCAUGCACUUGAGGAGGACUGGGUGCGCUUGCGCCGUUUGAUUUUCUUCUCUCCUCCUCCUCCUCCUCCGCCAUCAGCAUAG